AUACUCAAUUGUGCACCAAUUCGAUGCUGCUGUUUUUGUUUCAUAUCGCUUCAAAAAAUGAGAAUAUUAUUAUAUUUCGUUAGUAAUAAAAAUUGAGUAAAGAACUAUUAAAAUUCUCCGAUGUAAGGUCCAACGUGUAAAGUCGAAACUGCAAAAUUUGGAUUCUUGCCCGACAUAAGUCGGAGAUGGUGUGAACUUAGUAUUAAUGGCUAGCUUUCUUGCUCGACUUCAUAUUCGUUCAACAAAAGACUGCAGAUUAGAUGAGGUUAGAGUUGCGAUUAAUUCUAAUUAAUUUUCCUCCUUCGACUGGCUGCAAUUUCCAGCGUGAUAGGAAUGAUGCUACGUUCUGCGCUGAACAUAGUUCGGACAUAUGGGCCUGGGGCCCGUCCCCUCUUGAGGGCCUCAAGGAAGCCUGUAUCCUGCUUCUCAGGGCAGAGAUGUCUCUCCACAAGCCUCCUGGCCAGUCCGCCGGUGCUGGCUCGGCUACGCCCACAGCUGCAACACAGAUACAUCUGGGGAUGGCUCAAUGCUAUAUUCAACAAGGUGGAUGCAGACCGGAUCAACGACGUGGGGCCGGACCGUGCGUGUGCUGAGUGGCUGCUGCGAUGCGGCGCGCACUUCCGGUGGCGCAGUCAGCCCGACUGGCAGAAGGACUACAACACGCUCUCCCCCAUCACCGGCCGGAAGAAACAGUAUAUCGAGGAGAUAAACGCGGAUAACGCGGCGCUCAUGGACAUCGGGUUCCAUCACUUUAAGGGUCUGUCGUCGGUGCGUAAGAUCCGGUUCCACUACUGCGGCUACCUGGAGGACCCGGCCCUCGUCUACCUCAGCUACCUCUCCCACUGCCUGGAGUGGCUCGAGAUCAGUAGCUGCGGCAACAUCACCAUGGUCGGACUGAGGCACCUCGCCAGUCUCACCCACCUAAAGGAGCUGCAUCUGUACGACCUGCCCGAGAUCGAGGACCGGGACGCGUGUGUGCGCGAGCUGCAGCAGCUGCUGCCCGGCUGUCACGUCACCUUCCCCCCGCCGCGCGGACGCAGUAACGCCAACAAGAACAAAGAGCCGCCGCCGGCACCGACACCACCGCACGGCGGCAAGAAGUAGACUGGUCUUUAGUAAGCUGGCAGGGCUGUGGCUUGUCAUCGACACCAUAUCAACACUGCCGACUAUGCAGCGUUACGGGACAGACCCCUCUUCUAUGAAACUGGUCGGAUCUGUGAGGUUUGUUCAACUUAGACACGAGUGCUCAAAUGCGUACAUAUGCAGAUGAAAGAUAAAAAUAUCGAUGCAAGUGACGUGGUGUUAUUGAAUGUUGUAGAAGCCGGUGCCGUUCAUCGUUAUGGGGCUGAGAAUAGGAUGAGUGACGCAGGCUCCAGCUGUUCGUCGUUGUUACCUCGAUGUGAUAGGCAGAAUAUAGAUGAGCCCGUCGCGUCACCUGCCAUUGUGCAUCCCUCACGGGACAGCGCUCAGGGCGUGGGUCUACGCGGCAGCGACCGUCCAACGUUUUUGUUGCCUGACGGGGAUGACUUAAUGGAUGACAUAAAACAACUAGAAAUAUUCAGAUUUGGGACUUUUGAUAUGUCCUCUAUAAGCGCGGAGGCCUCGAGGAGGUUAACCAGUAACCGAUUUGUAUAUUUUUUAUUGCUUAUAAUGGCCUCUUCGUUCAGGGGCGUUAUUUUUACAACAAUGUGCUACCCCGCGUGAGAGCCCUGAUCUUGCCGGCUUCGAAUGGGAUUUGGGCUGUUCGUCUGUGUCACGUGCUGAUGAUAAUGAUAAUAAAAUGUAAAUAGACGCGG